UGUUUUUUUCGUCCUUCUUCCCGUUGCUAGCUAAUCGGUCUCGGUCAACCGCUACACCUGCCCACCGACUCUUAUAUUUAUACCCCCCUAAAAACUCAAAAUAUGGAGGAUUUUGACAUGCUGAACGCGCCCGCUGCUGGAAACGGUGUCGGUUCGGAAGAGGACCCAGCAGCUGCGUUCUUGGCCCAGCAGGAAAGCGAAAUAGCGGGGAUUGAAAACGACGAAGGCUUCAGCAUCCUGGACAGUGGAGAGGUCCCCUCGUCGCUGGGAGAUUCCAACGAUGGUGCUGUGAAUGGAGAUCUACAUGGGGAAAGCAACGGUCCAUCAGAUGCCUAUGCAGCAAUCUCUAACGCAGACCGACUGCAGGCUGAACCUGAGAGCCUACGCAAGUGGAGGGAGGAGCAGAGAGACAGAUUGGAGAUGCUAGAUGCUAACUCUCGCAAGCAGGAAUCAGAGUGGAAAGACAAAGCCAAGGUGGAGCUAGAGGAAUGGCAUGCCAGGCAGAAUGAGCAGCUGGAGAAAACCAAAGCCAACAACAGGGUGCUGGAUGAAGACUUCUACAAGCAGCCCUUCUCUGAGCUCAUUGGUUAUGUCACACACAUUAACCAUCCUUGCUACCGCCUAGACCAGGCGGCCGAGGAGGCCAUGAUUUCAGAUCUGGAUGAGAACAACCCCGGCACAGAAUGGGAGCGGGUGGCUCGGCUCUGCGACUUCAACCCUAAGUCCAGCAAACAGGCCAAAGACGUGUCCCGCAUGCGCUCUGUCCUCAUCUCUCUCAAGCAGUCCCCGUUAGUCCGCUAGGUAGCCUCGGCUGCUCAGGACAUAAUUCCAUAUCACCUUUUACCAUUACACACACACACACACACACACACACCUAUCCAACCAUCUGUAUUCUGAAAACAAGGGGACUUUACACCCCAAUUAUCAGUAUCUGUUUGCCAUGCACAGCUCUGUUGUCCUAGGAGGAUAUAGCCAGUGGUCCUACCCUAUCUGUCUCCUUCUAAAAGGGCUGUAGAUAUUAACCUUGAAGCACCAGCUCACUAUUUGUACCCCUCAAUGGUCCACAGAAUAUUUAAGACUGUGCGAUAAAGUUCCCUGUUGUUUAAUGUUCUGCAAUUGAGGCCAGUUCAGUCUGCACCAGGUCUUAUGCUCUGCGGUCCAGUGUAAGAGUGGUAGUUGGGACACUAAAAGGGAAGAGUUGAUGUUUGUUUAGGCCUUCAGCUACACUACAGUUUGCUUCACACGCCCAAAUAAAUAAAUAAGUCAAUGAAUAAAAUAGCAUUCCCACAAUUUGGAGCUGUAACUCAUGUCAACCUCAUAAAUCAUUCUCUGUGAGAGUUGACUUCUUAAAUGUUUUUUUUCAUCUUUAGCCCCCUCAACCCAUCACCUCAUAUCAGAUUUUUCUUUUUGUUUUUUUUUAAGGACCAAACUGUAAGACAAAACUCCAAAUUCAGUGUGUGUUCUUUGAACUGUGUGUAGAGCCUGCUUGAGGCUUACUGUGUUCAAUUUUCCGAACUAUGCAUUUCCUUUUGAAAAGUCUCCCCCUUUCUCCAGUCAGGAACUGAACAAAGUCCAGUCAUUACAAUAGUUGUGACCUGUUUGUAUGUGUGUAUUAAACCUCAAUAGUGUGUGUGUAUGUACUCUAUGCGUGUACCUAUGUACAUAUACAGAAGGCAAUAUAUAUACAGUAUAUCAAAAACACUUGUCACCUAAAUUAGACAGUUAUGGUCUUAAAGAGAACUAGAUAUUAGCCAGCUGUUGCUUGACCAUGUGCUUUCAUUGUCCAUUUGAUUUCAAUAUCAGUAAAAAAGAAAUAUGUGGAAA